ACUAUUUGUGACUUUAUAUACUGUUCCAGAAUAAAUUUUGAAAAGUUGAAUGGCGAAGGAACUGUUCUUCUCCCAAAUCUAUUUGUUAACUGUACGUACGAUAUCGACGGUCGUCUAAUGGUUGUUCCACUCCAAGGUCAAGGAAUAUUUGUAGGGAACAUAAMUAACACAAAAGCUGACGUCAAAGCGAGUCUUGAAGUAUUAAAAGACAAAAAAAAUCGUGAAUAUUUCCAAGUAAAGGAUAUUCGAAUCAAACUCAAAGUUGGAGAUGCUAAUGGAAAAAUAAUACCAAAAAACAUCAACAAAAAUAACGAUGUCUUAACGGAAACUGCGUCGACGUUUUACCACCAAAACCGUCGAGUUGUUUUGGAUAUUAUCACUCCAAUCGCAGAAGAGAUUACUGUCGAAUUUGCAYUGCAAAUUGCAAAUACUGUAUUGAAAACUAUACUUUACGAUGAAAUUCUACCCAAAGAACUGCCUUGAUAACUGCAUAUAUCAUGUGAUAUUCAAACUUAAAUUUUAGAUUUAAUAGUUUUCAUAUAAUUUAUAUUCAAAACAAUCAAUCAUUAAUUAUUUUCAUAUAUUUCAGUGUACCAUACUCAUAAGUCAUCCAUCAUUAAAUACAUAACCUAUAAUCACAAAACAUU